CUCACGGGCCCCGUGCCGCCGUGGCUCCUGCGGGGCGACCACCUGUGGAAGGCCUACCUCCACGCGAACGCGCUCUCGGGCCCGCUGCCCGAGGCGUACGGCGCGAACCUCGAGUGGCUGAGCCUCUACUCGAACGCGCUCACGGGGCCGCUGCCGGAAAGCCUCGGCGAGCUUCAGCAUUUGCGCACCUUCGCCGUCUACGAGAAUAAGCUCGACGGCACCGUGCCGGCGUCGCUCGUCAACCUCUCGCGCCUCGAGUACCUCGGGCUCAACGCGAACGGCUUCGCGGGCGGCCUCCCGGGCGGCCCCUACGGCCCCAUGCUGCGGGCGCUCUGGCUCCAGGACAACGACUUUGGCGGCGCCCUGCCCCCGGCCAUCGGGAGCUGCCCGCUCCUGGAGAUUUUGGACGCGCGGAACGGCGGCUUCGACGGCCCGAUCCCGGAGGCCUACGGCCGCCUGGAGCUCCUGCGCGACCUCUUCCUGGACAACAACGCCUUCUCGGGCACGAUCCCCGACGCCGUCGCGCAACUGCCGGCCCUCGUCAUGCUCCACGCGGCGAACGCGGGCCUCGCGGGCCCUCUCCCG